UUACCUGCUCAAAUGAUUUACCUUACUGACGAAACGCCCUGUAAUCAAACCGAAAUGUGAUAAUUGAAUAAAAACGUCAUUUCAUCAUACGUCUGUUUGACAAAACUUGAAAAAUAAUUAUAAUUAGAGCGUUAAAAAUAAUGAUUACUUUAUCCAAAACUACGUUAUGCUAUGGAUAUGUUCAAAGUUUGGCUUUCAAUACGCAAUAUGCGAGAUUUUUGGCCACAGAAGCAGCAAAGAAAGAUAAGGUGGAACCUAAGAAAGUCGAAGUAAAAGUGGAAGCCCCGAGAAUGCCCAGACUGAAGCAGUUUAAUAUUUACAGAUACAAUCCCGAGGGUAUUGAGACCAUGAGGAGACCCCAUAUGCAAAAGUAUACUGUAGAUUUAAAUGAUUGCGGUCCGAUGGUUCUCGACGUUUUGGAAAAAAUAAAAUCGGAUCAAGACUGCACACUAUCCUUCCGAAGAUCUUGCAGAGAAGGUAUUUGUGGUUCAUGUGGAAUGAAUAUAAAUGGCGUAAACAGCUUGGCAUGCACAACCAAAAUCAAAGCCAGUGGUAGUACGAAAAUCUACCCACUACCUCAUAUGUAUGUGAUCAAAGACUUGGUAGUGGAUAUGAAACGAUUUCUCGAUCAACACAGAAGGAUAAACCCUUACCUGAUGAGGAAUGAAGAGAAAUAUGAGGAGGGUCAGGAGUAUUAUCUGCAGAGUAUUAAGGAUAGGGAAAAGUUGGACGGUCAUAUCGAGUGUAUCCUCUGCGCCUGUUGUUCAACUUCCUGUCCGGAAUAUUGGUGGCACGGCCAUAGCAACGAACCCAAUGAUUUCCUAGGUCCAGCUGCCCUAUUGAAUGCUUAUAGAUGGAUCAUAGAUAGCAGAGAUCAGAACAUAGCCGGCAGAUUGAAUCAGUUAAGAAAUUAUUUUUCAGUUUAUAGAUGUCACCAGAUCAAUAAUUGUACCAGUUGCUGUCCGAAAAAACUGAAACCUGGAGUAGCCAUAGCUCGUUUGAGACUGUUUCUGGCCGGUUUCAAGAAAAAACGCAAAGGCGAAAUGGAGGGUACGAUCAAAUCCGAUCCUGAAAAAGGCGUUCGCAAGAUCCAGAAAUGCGAAUAAAAUCUCAAACGUAAUAUAUAAUAGAAGUAUAUUAAAAUAUAUAAUUUUUACAUUGUUAGUUGUCAUGUAU